AUGGAGACGUCCUGGUUUCUGGUCUACUGCUUCCUUGUUCUUGGGUCCGGAGUCGAGUGCGCUUCAAAGGCACCUGUAGAAGGAGAGAUUCUUGAUGAGGAACGGGGAAAGAUGUACGCAAAGGAAGCGGAGGUCUUACUCACAGACAUGUGUUUGAAGUCUACCGAGGUAUCGUGGAACUACGGCAACAAUCUGACGGAACAUAACAAGAAUUUGAGUAUCGAGCAGAGUCUGGUGUCUGGUGCCCUCUACAAGGAGGUUUGGAAGAACAUGACGCAAUUCAAGUGGACCACGUUCAAGGAUGAGCAAACGCGCACCAUCUUCAGACGCUUCUCGACUCUGGGUACCUCGUUGCUGCCCGAAGACAAGCAGAAGGAAUACUUGAAGAUAGUUGCCGAUAUGAAAGGAAAUCAUGCUGCUGCCAAGAUCUGCCCCUUUCACCGUAUGACCAACCAAAGUGACGAGUGUAACGUGCCCUUAGAACCAACUAUCAAGAACAUUCUCCAGGACUCCAGAGACUACGACGAGCUGCUUCAUGUUUGGAACGAAUGGCGAAGAGUAUCGGGAAGGCCCUUGAAGGCCCAGUAUUCUCGCUACGUCGAACUCCAGAACGAAGCCGCUAAGAUAAACGGCUUUGACGAUGCAAGCGGAAUGUGGCAAGAAAGCUACGAGUGUGAGGACUUCGAGGAAAGUAUUGACCAGCUAUGGGAGCAGUUGCAGCCCUUGUACAAGGAACUGCACGCGUACGUCCGGGCAAGGCUGCACGCCCUCCACGGCGACAAAGUGAGGGAGGACGGCCCCAUUCCUGCUCAUCUUCUGGGUUGA